AUGUCAGAACUAAACAACAUCAAGGGCCGCUUAGCCCUCAUCACAGGCGCUUCUGGCGGAAUCGGAGCAGCAUGUGCCCGCCAACUCGCCUCCAAAGGCACCAACCUAGCCCUAACCUACAUGUCCAGCCUCGCCUCCAUCGAAUCACUCGUCACCGAACUCCACGCUCUCCACAACGACCUCAAAAUCUCAAUCCAUAAAGUCGACGUCGGUAAAAAGGAAGAUAUUGACCAAAUGUUCUCCGAAAUCGAUGCCCAGCACGGCCACCGGCCCGACAUUUUGAUCUCAAAUGCGGGUUAUGGAAAACGGGUGCCUCAGAUAUGGGAUAUUACGCUAGAGGAAUUCGAUUAUACGAUCAACGUAAAUUUGAGGGCGUCGUUUAUUCUUGUCAAGGGGUGUGUGGAGUAUAUGCGUGAGCAGAGAUGGGGACGGAUUGUGUUUAUGUCUUCGAUUGCGGCGCAGGGUGGGGGGAUAAAUGGGUGUCAUUAUGCGGCUUCGAAAGGAGGCAUGUCUGGCAUGAUGCGCAACCUGUCCACGCGUCUGGCAGAAUACAACAUUAGCGUCAACGAUGUUGCGCCCGCCAUGAUUGGGGAGACAGGCAUGAUUCCGAAUGGAGCUGCGUUCCCUGGACUGGCAGAGAGUAUCCCUCUAAAGAGGUUGGGCGUGCCGGAAGAAGUUGCCAAUGCGGUUACGAUGUUGGUUACGACGGGGUAUAUGACGGGGCAAAGUUUGUUGUUGGCUGGUGGAUUGAAGUAA